UCAGUCAACCGAAGAACGCAGCGAGAGUACUGCCAUCAUCUCUGUCGAUACGAAUAGGAUAGGUACAGAGAUGUACCGCGUGCUGGUGAAGAGUAUAAAACACCAUCAAGCCAUAAUUCGAUGUGUCGAGGAGUUGGAGUCAGUAAUGUCACAGUCCGUUUUCGUCCUCCUUUUUCUGAAUAUGAUGAACAUCUGUGUACACAUUUUCGUUACAUCAGUGCUGUUACAGAAAGACGUGGAACGCACGACGAUGUCGAAGAUGUUGUGUACACUCCCAAUAUAUAUGUACGAAACGGGGCUGUACUGCAUAUUCGGCCAGACAAUUAUUGACCAGGGUGAGCAGCUGACUGCGUCGGCCUUCAGUGGGGACUGGCCUGCAGGCGACGCGCGCAUGCGCAAAGCACUCCUCGUGCUGAUGCUUCGCUCGUCCAGGCCACUGAAGCUCACCGUGGGCAAGCUGUACGUGCUCUCCAGGCACACGUUUCUCCAGAUACUGAAUGGAUCGUAUACGCUGUUCAACAUGCUGUACCAGGUGCAGACGAAAAAGUGACUCCACGAGAUGGCUGACGCCACUGGAAUUACACAACUUAAGUCAGAGCGAAACA